UUUGUGGGGGGGGGGGAAGUCUUUUCUUUUCCUAAAUCAAAGCACCAUUCGCAAAAAGUUUUACCCCACCCCCAUCGCGGUUUUAUCCAGUUUCCCUUUUCCCGGCACCUGGCUGUGACCCCGGCACCCCUCCGCGCGACAGAGCUCCCGGGGGUCGCGAGCCCAGCAGCCACCUGCGUACAGACAGCCUCCUGUCCCGGUUCCCCGCCUGCAUCUCCCGCUCCAAGUCCUGCACCAGCUCCGACGGGGAGUUGGACGGGAGCCGCGGGAGCUGGUCGUCCUCAGACUCGGUCACCUCCACCGACUCUGCCGGGGAGAAGGCGGAACCCGGGCGCCCGUACCGGGUGGUGCUGUUAGGGGCCAGCGGGGUCGGAAAAACGGCCUUCGCCAGCAUCUUCGCCGGGGCAGCGGACAGCAUGGACAGUGAUGACUGCGAGCUGUGUGGAGAUGAAAUGCGUGAAAAGGAAAUUGAGGUUGACGGAGAGCCUGCAACUAUAAUUCUGCUUGACACAUGGGAUGCAGAGACUGACGAUGAAUGGGUUCAGGAGCACUGCAUCCAGACAGGUGAUGCAUACCUGUUGCUGUACUCCGUAACUGACCGGGCCUCCUUCCUUCGAGCCUCAGAGCUCCGGAUAACCCUGCGGCGCUUCCGUCCUGCCCAGCACACACCUAUCAUCCUGGUGGGGAACAAAUGUGACCUGGUGCGACGCAGAGAGGUGUCAGUCAGCGAGGGCCGUGCCUGUGCUGCUGUGUUUGACUGCAAGUUUAUCGAAACCUCAGCCGCCAUGCAGCACAACAUCUGGGAGGCUUUUCACGGCAUGGUGCGACAGCUGCGACUACGCCGAGACUCCAAGGAAGCCAACAAGCGACGCAUGCACAUAAACACACGCCGCAAGAGUCUACCUAUGAAGGCCAAGCGUUUCCUCGACAAGGUGGUGGCAAAGAAAAAUCCCAGUGUGGCAUUCUGGUUGAAAUCUAAGUCCUGCCAUGAUCUCUCUGUGCUGUAGACACCUGUUUUAAACUCUGGACAAAGCUUUGAGCAGGCAAACAAGUUACAGGCUAGAAAAGAGAAUAUGUGGCCAUGGGCUGAAGGGAAGUCUGCUUCUGAAGGGCUCAAAGUUGAAUGGUUCAAACCUUAGUGUGUUCUCACUGAGCCAGCAUGGUGUACAUGAGAGGUGUUUGCAACAUUUCUGCACCACCAUCCAUAUGUUGCAGUCUAAACCAGACUGUGUGGACUGAGCUCAGCCUCUUUAAUGGACUGGACAAUCAGCAAAUGAAGUGACACAAAGACUUGUUGUGUCUGUGUGGCAUAAACGUAGAUCAACUAAAAGAAACUGAGAGAAGGAUGUGAUGUUUCUGUGUUGAACAAAUACAUUAAUAUUUUUCUGUCCUGUCUUCUCUCUUUCCUCUUUCUUUUGCUCUCAUCCCUGCCCCGAUUUGUUAUCGGCCGAUCCCCCAAGUGCUAAGAUAACCAGCUAAGUAAGCUAUUGUAUAUAAGUAUGAUGAUUUCCAUGAUGAUUAUUCAGUUGUCAGUUUAUUUGGAAUGUGUUUUUUUCACUCACUGUAAAUAAAUAACAGAUGCUGUACUGUAUUUUGCUACUUGUAUGUUUCAGUGUUGCUUGUUGAAAUAAAGUGACAUCAUCUGAUGUUUUUGU